AAAAUAAAAAUUAAAUAAAAUAAAAUAAAUAAAAAUGAGAGGUUCAAAUUACGGAACUGUAUAAUAUUCUUAAUAAGUAUACACAACUUCUGGUCCUUAAGUAACUGAAUAUUCUUAAGUCUAUACAAGCGGAAGUAAUACUUAAAUUCGUCCCCAAGCCUAGUACCAAUACACAAAUAUACCUGGUCAAGCUUACGAUUAAUCAUAUUAAGGAAUAUAUGAUGGAGAAUAAGUAAAAAGAGCUGGAAAAUAAGGAGGAUUCCAAUAAAUAGGUUCAGCAGUCCCCCUUGGUGCUUUAACUGAUCCUGAUAAUGCUAAAGCUGUAGCUAAGAGACUUUUUGAAUAAUAUGAUAGAUCAAGAAAAGGAAGAAUCGAUGCAAAUGAUAGCCUUUCUAUGAUAUAGGAUACUUACAAAUAUUUAAAUACUUAAAUAAAUUUGAAUAUUGAUUAUUCAAAUUCUUAUUAGAGAGUAAUUGAUACUAACGGAGAUAAAUAAUGCACAAUAGAAGAUAUAGAAAACUUAUGUAUGAAAUAUUUAUGUGGGGCUGAAACGAAAUAAUUUGGCGGUGGUGAGAAAGUCAAAAGAGCAGGAAAAAAAUAAUAUCCUUAAGAAAUUGAAACUAAAUUGAAUGUCGCGAGAAGAUUAUUCAAGAAAUAUGAUUAAGAUGCUGGUGGUUAUUUAGAUAGAAAUGAAAUCAAUGAACUCAUUAAAGAUACUUAUAAAGAAAUGGGAAUGGCUAACUUUGCUCCUUCUUAAGCUGAUGUUGCUGUUUGGUUAGAUAUGGCUGAUCUUAAUAGAGAUAACUAAGUUAGUUAAGAUGAAUAUGAAGAUCUUGUUAUUAAAUCUUUGGUUAAAGCUGGAUUUAAAAUUGAAAAUGCUAAUAUCGUUUUUUGAUUAUUAUUUUUAUUAUUUAUAUUCGAUCUAUAUAUGUAUUUGUUUGUUUUUUUUGCUUUUUUUUAUUCCGU